CGCCAACCGGGUCGCUGUUGCGGGCUGUUCCGAUUCAAUCAACCUGGACGCCGAAACAUAAACCCAAGCAUUUCUACCCGAACGAUGUUAUCGACUACUUCCGUUCACAUACACGCUUGUUGACGUUUUCCAGGACGAAGAAAUCAUGUCUCAAUCUCUCUUUAUCGCUCAGACCACAGUCCCGGUCGUAGAUUUGCGUGACUGGAGUCUAUUGUCUCAACACACAUCGCGUCCUCGAACCUCCCUGUCCGAGCAGCAAGAAUCAAUCAACAGUACCCAAGAUGGGCGAGCGGCUACACUGUCGCGAACCAGAAUGGUGAUUCUUAUCACGACCCUCACUGGCAUCAUGUUUGUUGGAAGCAUGAGCAGCGGGCUUUCGACUAUCGGACUACCUGUAAUAGCAGCGGAUUUGAAACUACCAGAUAACCUAUUAAUGUGGCCGGUAUCGGUGUACCAUCUCGCGAACGGAUGCUGCCUGCUUCUAGUAGGGUCUAUGGCAGACCUCAUGGGGAACCGGAUGAUCACUUUACUGGGCUGUCUUCUUCUCGCCGCUUUCAUUCUAGGAUGCGGGGUAGCAGAGUCUGGGAUCCAGCUGAUCCUAUUCCGGACCUUUCAAGGCAUCGCAACUUCAAUGUGUCUUCCCACAGCUUUUAGCAUUUCGACACAGACCUUACCAAUGGGGAAGCCAAGGAACAUCGGCUUCGCUUGCCUGGGAUCCUCACUAGGGUGGAGAUUCGGUUUCUAUCUUUGCGCCGGCGUUACAGGAACUCUCAUGAUUAUCAACUACUUCAAACUUCCAGUGGAUGCCGCCCGCCAACCCAUCACCUUGCGCAGGCUAAAGAGCAGAGAUCGACUGGAUGGGCAUACACCUUUCAAGCUCUUGCUUAGGAAUCAUCUCCUAUGUCUUCGCUAUAUCUCGGACAAUCCAUCCAAUGCCCACAAGGCUCAGAAUAUCGCCCUGCUUUGCUGCGCGGGCGCCAUGAUUCCUGGGUUUUGGGUCUGGAUGGGCAGACGCGAACGGGCGGGAAAACCUGCUUUGAUCCCAACUCAUCUGUGGAAGAAUACGGCAUUCUUGUCUAAGUGUGUUAUUGUUCUUUUCUCUCUCUUCUUUCAAGAAUUUCAAGAGCUAUCGGGCUUUCAGUCUGCUCUUCGCUUCCUACCGAAUGUCUUCAUCGGAGUUCUCCUGAACCUGGGAACAGGUCUCUUAGUUCACUGGGUCCAUGCAAACCACUUAGUGCUUGUGAGCUCGCUACUCAGCGCUGGUUCUCCCUUGCUCAUGGCCAUCAUUGACCCUCAAUGGUCCUGGUGGUAUUGCGCUUUCUGGGCGGUCCUGCUAAGUCCGCUAUCGGCCGAUGUGAUCUUUACCAUCGCCAACCUGAUAGCCGCGGACGCUUUCACUCCCCAAACGCGCGGCCUGGCGGGCGCCGUCUUCAACACGAUCGCGGAGUUCGGCACCUCGCUGGGUCUCACCAUCUUCGCCUUCAUCUCCGCGGGGGUCACGCGGGAUCCCUCGAUCGUGGACAAGCAAUCUCCGGAGGCACUCAUGGUUGGCUACCGCGCCGUCUUCUGGACGUGCUUUGGGCUAAUGCUGGGGGCUUGUGGUGUCGGAUAGUGGG